AUGGAUUCUAUAUUAUUCUUUGAUAAUGGUAGACAGUCAGAAAUUGAGACCUUUUAUGAAUGUUCUCAACGCUACAGGGAUUAUUACAGAGGCUAUCCUAAAGCUUAUCAUCCUCUGACGUACUUUACAGAUCCUGAAUUAGAAUUUCAAUGUCCACAAGAUAUAACAACUGUAUAUCUAAGCUACCCAUCGUACCACGUGAAGUACAAACAGCCUAUAGUGCUGCCGAACAACAUUGGCCGCACGACACCGAUACCGGCGCUGCCAGACCGCACUCUUGCUGGACGAUACAAUAAAGCGGCCUGUAAACUUUUCGUGAGAUAG